CAAUUUAUAUUGCGACUGAUACAAAAUUCAUGUGUAGAUUUAUUAUUAUUUUUUUUCAAUAAUAGCCAACAAAGACUAUUUCUACACGUCCCUGUAUAAAUAUGAAGGAAUGAAUGCCGACGAAUUAUCAUUUGAAGAAGGAGAACAACUCAAAUAUAUUCAAAGAGGGAAUGACGAGGAAUGGAUACUGUGUUGCAACAAGUCAGGAAGAAAGGGUUAUGUCCCCUUGUCUCACGUGGUACGGCAGACAGAAGACUCGUCUAUAAAAGUUAACGACUGGUGGUUCGUGGGCAGCAGGGAGGACGCUGAGAUGGUGCUCUUGAACUAUCACCAUGGCAAGGCCACUGGGAUAUUCCUGGUCAGGGAAGCUUCAGACAAGUCCGGCUAUGUUCUCUGUGUACGGGCGGUCGACGUCAGGAACAAGGCCGUUGUCAACCACUACCGGAUCUACGGUUCCACCCAGGAUGGGUUCAACUACAAACAGUACUACUUUCCUACCAUACAAGAGCUCAUUGAACAUUUCAAAGGCACGUCACAAUAA